AUGGCCCUUGAUUCAACAAAUGAAAGUUCUGCUCCAGGAUUUGGAAGCACUCCAGCUCCAUCUUCGGUACCUUCUCAGACAUAUUCGGGAUCAGCGCUUUGCUUUGGAAAGCCUGCUUCUGACACCAAUUUCUAUAAGCCAGCCACAAACCUUUUUGGGAGUAGUGUUGCCAAAGUAACAUCUCAUGAAGCCAACACGCUCUUUGCAAUGGCUACGGCAAUAUAUAAUAACGUUUUUGCAAACAGCUUUGAAGAGAAAGACAGGGCUCUAAAGUACUUUAUACAAGCAGGAACACUUGGCCAUGUCGAAGCUCAAUGUAAAGUAGGUGAUCUUUACAAGGAGGGCUACGGCGGACCGCAUAAUUAUGGUCUAGCCAUUGAGUGGUAUACAAAAGCAGCUGCAAAUGGCAGUACGAUAGCAAAGUUAAAUCUGGGCAUCAUGAGUGAGGAAGGCCUAGGUCGACUGUUUAAAGAUUAUACAGGGGCUUACGUUCACUACCUCCAAGCUGCUGAGAAAGAGAAUGCAGAGGCAUUUUACCGUUUAGGCCGCUUAUAUCAUACGGGAAUGGGCGUAUCAGUGGACCUUGUUCGAGCUCGCAAACACUACGAAAAAGCAGCUGAACAAGGACAUGUCUUGGCUUCAUACAACGCGGGCUACAUGUAUCAAUUUGGGUUGGGAGACGCUACGACUAGUUUGUUUGCAACUCCAAAACCUGAUUACAUUAAAGCGUUCACUUAUUAUAUGCAAGCCGCAAAGGAGAACUACCCUGAUGCUUUGUGCAAUAUAGGCUACCUUUAUGAGAAGGGACAUGGCGUCAUGUUGAGCUUUGAGCAAGCGUUUCACUACUAUCAACGUGGCGCAGAAAAAGGCAGCCAUCAAGCCCACCAAAACCUAGGUGAAUUGUAUUUGGAUGGAAAGGGCACAAGCGUUGACCUCGACAAAGCAUACCACCACUUUGAUAUUGCACGUAAAGGCGGCAUUAGCGAGUCUCAAGAAUACAUCAAUAUGGUAGAGGAGAGGAGAAGUAAAGCAAAUUAUCCAAUGCUUGCUGGCUAUGGUGUCCCUAACAACAACAGCAGUGAUUAUGUGACCAGAGAAGAGCAUCAAAGAGUAGUUCAAGAAAAGGACGAGAAGAUUGCUACUUUGAUGGAGCAAGUGAAAUUGCAGCAAACACAAAUUGAUUCAUUGAUGAAGAAGCUGUUCCCAGCCUGA